AUGGCGACCAAAACAUUGGAAGCUCGCUUUGAGCACCUGACUGUAAAAGACGAGAAAGAAGCCGGCAAUGACCGCACUUACUCAAAACCCAAGACAUCUCACUCUACUACGAUCCUCGGUAGCUCAGCUUCAAAUUCUCAACGCGCGCAACUAUUGAAGCUUGCUCUUCAAAACACAAAUGACAACAAGAACAAUGCUAUGAAUGUCUCUCAAUCACCUGGAAAGAGCUCCCAAAAUGUGAUUGUCUCGCGCAACACCGAUGAGAACGGCGACCAGCGCAGUGCAACUCCUCUCUACGAUCAACCCAAGGCCCUUCACCUGGGCAUGUUUGAAAUCGGCAAGCCUCUCGGCAAGGGCAAAUUUGGUCGAGUAUAUCUUGCCAAGGAGCGAUCAUCAGGCUUUGUCUGUGCUUUGAAGGUUCUCCACAAGUCGGAACUGCAGCAGGGUGGUGUCCAGAAGCAAGUUCGACGUGAAAUUGAGAUUCAAAGCAACCUGCGUCAUCCGAAUGUGCUACGUCUGUACGGCCACUUUCAUGACAGCAAGCGCAUUUUCCUGAUCCUGGAGUUCGCUGGCCGCGGCGAACUUUACAAGCACUUGCGCAAAGAGCACCGCUUCCCGGAGUGGAAGGCUGCUCAAUACAUUGCGCAAAUGGCGGCAGCUCUCAAGUACCUCCACAAGAAGCAUGUGAUGCAUCGUGACAUCAAGCCCGAGAAUAUCCUGGUCGGCAUUCACGGUGAAAUCAAGAUUAGCGACUUUGGCUGGAGUGUGCACGCCCCCAACAACCGUCGCCAAACGAUGUGUGGGACUCUCGAUUACUUGCCCCCAGAGAUGUUGAAGUCCGGCUCGCAGGACAACUUCUACAAUGAAAAAGUUGAUCUCUGGAGUCUGGGCGUUCUGACCUACGAGUUCUUGGUGGGCGAAGCACCCUUUGAGGAUACGCCUGUGAUGACGCAACGUCGCAUUACGCGCGCGGACAUGUCUGUGCCGUCAUUCGUAAGCCCCGAGGCAAAGGAUCUGAUCAAGAGGCUCCUUGUUCUGGAACCCGAAAAACGUAUUCCCUUGGAUGAAAUCCAACGCCACCCCUGGAUUGUCAAGCACUGUGUGAAAGACCCCAAGCGCACAUCUGCCUCUUCCUCCAAGGAAGGUAAAGCAUAG